UGUAAAUAAAUACGAAUUUUAGCUCUAUUUACCCGCGUUCCAACCCCCCAAAAUCAAAAUUAUCACAACAUUGCGAAAAUCGGUUUAGAUUUAAACAUUCCGUUUGACUAUUUUCGCUUUUUAGUUUUUUAAGCUUCUCCCAUAAAAAAGACCUUAUCGGGUAAGAUUCUUCCAAAACUCUGUUUAUUGAGUGAAAACAAAGACCAAAAGUGACCUAGGGCCAUUUAUUGUUGAAAUUAAAGUGAAGGAUUAUUUUAGGUUAAAUAACUGUCAGCUGGGCCAAAGGCGGCAAGCUGAAUUGAAUUUGAAUUUCGAAAGCAAAAAAAAACUCAAAGUGUUGUGCCUUUAUACAUUUUAAAUAAAUUUGUAUCGUAUAAUUAUGUCAGAGGAGACUAAAUCCUUUUCAGGCGAAUAUGUAGACGGUUGUGAAAGUGAAUUUGAAGAAAAAAUCGAUCAGGAAUCUGUGGAAGAACAGGUGGAUUCGGAAAGAGCUGAAAUCACUGAAGAGACCUUGAAAAGAAUUCAGCGCGAACUUUGUUUGAUCAAACUGUGUUGGCCGAAAAUAGAAAUUGAUCAAGAAUCUGAAUAUUUGAGACUCUUGCCGGAAAUUUAUUCAAGAAAUAGUGAGAAAGAAAAACUUUUGUUGUGGUAUGCUGAAAAUUUUCGACGACAAUAUCAUACGAUUUAUAAAAAUCGAAAACCACUUUUGCUGGCUUGUGAGAACGAAUGCGGAAUUCAGAAAUUCGUGUCCACGACAAUCAGACGAAGUACUCUGCCGUACCCGGAGUUGUGUACGUGGCAAGGAUGCACAAAAUUCGUGAGUGACUAUGUGACCUACGAGUCACUGAAGCGGCCACUUGUAAUGGUAAGUAGUACCGCGAAUCAUAUUUUUCUUAUCGAUAAGGAUAAAUAG